AUGACUUUCUAUAUAUUUGAAGAUUUUUGUUCAAGAACAAAUAACUUCAAGAAACGUGGAGGUCACCAGGAAGGAGAUGUGGGUGCACGUGAUGGCGCUCACCACAUCGUGCUCUUCGCCGACAACAAAGCCGCACUCUCAAACAUCUCACUACUAUCAAAACACCCAUGCCAAUACGCAUCUCGAGACUUCCGCUCUGCCGUCGACAACUUCCUCUCUGAGUCACCACUCAACAAGGUCGAACUCCACUGGGUCCCGGGGCACGAGGGGGUUGAAGGCAAUGAUCGAGCUGACGCCCUUGCCAACGAAGGCGGAACAAAACCGCCAAUGCACUCGCACAAUAGAUCAAUAACCUGGAGCAAGGCUGAAGCCACUCGUAAUGCUAGCCUUACGUGGUCACACCUAUGGUCAUCCCAACCUCACUCUCGCUUUGUCUCAGAACACAUCCGUCGCAACCCAUCCCUGUCCCUCCACCCCUUUUUCAAAGCUUUCCCAUACCAUCGUGCGAUUCACGCCCGGCUAAUCCAGGUCAUCAUGGGUCACGCCUUCCUCGGCGAAUACCGCGAACGAUUCCGCCCCGACGAUGACCCCAGCUGCCCAUGCGGAGCCCCUCGUCAGACUCUCGACCACGUCCUUCGAGCUUGCCCAUCAUUCGAUCUCGCAAGACACACCCUACGGGAAGUGUCGGGCCCCAUGCUGAGCUCCACCCUGUUCGGCACCACCGCCGGACUGCGAGCUGUUGCCAAAUUCCUCAACUCAACGGAUGCAUUCAAAUUAUGA